UUGGCCGCGCUAGUCCUCACCAGGGCCCUGGACGUGCUCUUCACGCCCAUUCCCGACUGCGAUGAGGUGUUCAACUACUACGAGCCCCUCAACUUCCUCCUCCGUGGCUUUGGCAAGCGGACGUGGGAGUACUCGCCAGAGUACGCCAUAAGAUCGUGGGCGUACUUGGUGCCAUAUGCCGUGUCGAGCUGGGCCCUGCCUUUGAUCACUGACCGUCUCAAGCUGCUACCACCGUACGCCACGUUCUACUUCCUGAGGUGUGUGGUUGUGUCCUUCUCUGUGUAUGCUGAGUACCACAUGUUCACCUCGCUGAGGAGACACAGCGCCUCUUUGGCGAAUUGGUACCUGUUGAUGUCAACGGUGAGCACUGGCAUGGCACACGCCUCCGUCGCGCUGUUGCCGUCAGCAUGGGCCAUGAACUGCUGUCUGCUGGCGUCGUCGAACUUCGUGCGCUGGCUAUACACGAGAUCCAACAGGAAUGCGCUGCUGAUAUCGUCGUGGUUCUUCAUAGGCGCCAUCUUCGGAUGGCCCUUUGUUGGCGUGCUAGGGCUGCCGCCGCUGGUGUACAUCGCCACCGUGCAAUGGAACACGCCUAAGCUGUCGCAAUACGUCAAGUGGUCUGUUGCGAUCGGGUUCAUCUACCUGGCGGCGUCCAUGGAGGUGGACUUCUUCUUCUACGGGAAGACCCUCGUGGUGCCGCUGAACAUCGUCCUCUACAACGUGAUCUACGCGGAUGAGACGUCUGGGCCAAACAUCUUUGGCGUGGAGCCCGUCUCGUACUACAUCAACAACAUCCUCUUAAACUUCAACACGGUUGCCGUGUUGGCGGCGAGAACCGUGUACCUGGGCUUCCUUGCGGGCAUCACGCUGCCGCUCGUGCUGUGGUGCUGGAUAUUCUUCUUGCAACCUCACAAGGAGGAGAGGUUCUUGUACCCGGUGUAUGGGCUGAUCAACGCCUCUGGCGCGUUCUCCCUCUCCUGUGUCCUCACGUCCAUGAAGACCGCGCUACAUGCUCUGUUCAAGAGACGUGUAGUGAAGGUGCUCUACCGUGUUGUUGUUGUUGGCGUCACGGCGUUGUUGCUUGUUGUUUCGACGCUUAGAAACGUUGCCUUCGUAGUGAACUACGGCGCUCCACUGACAACGUACCGAGAGAUCCCAGCAGACGCAACAGGCAACCUGUGCCUCACCAGGGAAUGGUACAGGUUCCCGUCGUCGUUCUUCUUGCCAGACACGUUGAGGCUGAGAUUCGUCAAGUCUGAGUUCAACGGGCUGUUGCCUGGCGACUUCAACGAGGAACAGUGGCUGUUGCAAAGCGUGCAAGAAGAACCGCAGGGCAUGAACAACAAGAACCUGUACGACGAAGGCAAGGUGAUCGAUAUCUCACACUGCGAUUAUGCCAUCGAUAUCGACCAAGGUGUUUCGCCAGAGGAGUAUUCAUUCACAAACUCAAGUGAAUGGCAACUGCUGUUCAGUUCACCAUUCCUCAACAACGAGGAAAGCUCUGGCGUGGGCAAAUAUCUAUGGCUGCCA